CGUACAUAAUUAGUCUUGAUCAAUGGUUAUCUGCUGCCCUCUAACACAUACAUCCCUAAAGUGGAAAGAAUGCAUUAUUUCCAGGCCGGUACCAUCAGAUGACAGACUUCAACUCUACUUUCUACUAUCAGCCCUACCUAAUCUCAUUAUUCUCAAAGUCAUAAGAGAACAAUUAGAAGGAGUUUCCAACUUACUACCUCAUGAAGUCGUUGCUUGUUUCCCUCUUGGCUAUUUCCUUGAGAAUAUCGCCGUACGAUCAAAUGGGACACUACUCGUCACGAAUAUGAUUGUCAGCCAGAUAUUCUAUGUUGACCCCAGAGAUAAAGAUCCCGAAUCUACUAUUCAGCUGAUACAUGAUUUCGAUACUACUUCAGAAGCACCUCCAGAGGACGAUGAAGAAACUGGCAUUUAUGGCUCAAAGAAUCACGCAGAAGCGAUUGUAGAGCAUCCAAGAUUCGGGCAUUUAUUUUAUACAUUCUCUGGCGUGCAUGGGAAAGUUGAUACUUGA